UAACGCAGCCCCCACCUUCCCUUAUAAAUUCUCCCAUCUCUCACUCCUCAACUUCACCUCCAUCUUCAACCUCCAUUUCCGUUUCCAUUACCUCCUUCUCUGUGUCUUACCAGACGCAGAAAUCCAUCCCAUAACGCCAUUGUUGCCACUCAUGAGACCACCACCUACGUCUCAACAAUUACAUCACUACUCAAUCUUCUUCAUCCUUAAUUUGUUCAUUACCUAUAUAUGUCUAUCGAAGUUGUCGUCAAGUUAAUGGAGUCGCAGUCACCUCCUUACUACGCGCCACCGCAUCAUCACGAUUCAUCUCGCCCCACCAUAGGCUUUCCCCUCGGCACCGCUUUGCUUCUGAUUGUCGUUUUCAGCCUCAGCGGCAUCUUCUCUUGUUGUUACCAUUGGGACAAGCUUCGUCACCUUCGAGGUGAAUUCUCCGAUGCCGAUCCUGAUUCAGAUCACGCCGAUUCUAAACCUAAACCUAUUUACUCGGAAAAGAAGCAAGAUGAGGAUGGAAGUUUGCCGGUGAUUAUGGCUGGAGAUCAGUUUGCGAGGUUCAUAGCAAUGCCGUGUCCAUGUGAACCACCGAGACAGGAAAAAAUCACCGUAGAAGAGAUUCAGAAACCACCGCAUAUAGCCAUCACGAUGUAAUAAACUCUUAAAUUUUUCACUGUACAUACAUGAUCAAUUUUACCUUUAUAAAAUGGAAUUUGUUAUUCUUCUUCUCAUUUC